GGCUGUCCUUCGGGUCUGCUGGGCCGUCCUUCGGGGCUGCUGGGCCGUCCUUCGGGGUUGCUGAGCCGUCCUUCGGGGCUGCUGGGCCGUCCUUCGGGGUUGCUGGGCCGUCCUUCAGGGCUGCUGGGCCGUCCUUCAGGGCUGCUGGGCUGUACUUCAGGGCUGAUCUGUCUCACAGGAACCAGAGCUUCACAGAGCAGGAAGCACCAAAUGGGCUCACACCCAGUAAACUAGAACUCGACUGUCUGCCUACCACAGCCUGGCCUCAUGAGAUCCUCCUUCUGCCCGGUCCUCCUCCCUCUCCUCCUCCUGGGGGCGUGUGGUGUUCGGGGGAAGUUUAACCUCAGAAUCUGCGCCUUCAACCUCCAUAGCUUCGGGGAGUCAAAGGCCAACAACGCCAGAGUCAUGCACACAAUCGUCAGGAUCAUCGCUCGCUGUGAUGUGUGCUUGCUUCAGGAAGUAAGAGACAACAGAAACAAAGCGGUACCACUCCUGUUAUCCCACCUCAACAGGUAUGACAGCAAUCAUGAAUAUAAAGUUCUGGCCAGCGAAAGACUGGGGAGAUCGCCCACCUACAAGGAGCAGUAUGUGUUUGUCUACAGAACUGGAACAGUGACCGUGACAGGCCAGUACCAGUACCCAGAUACACGCCCAGGGGAUGUUGAUGCUUUCUCCAGAGAGCCUUUCGUCAUCCGCCUCAAAGCCCCCAAGACAGCCAUAAAGGAGUUUGUACUGAUUCCCCAGCAUACCACCCCAACAAACAGCACUAAGGAGAUCGACAGUCUUUAUGAUGUCUUCACUGACAUCAAGGCGAUGUGGAAAACUGAGGACAUAAUGUUCCUGGGUGAUUUCAAUGCUGACUGUGGCUACCUACCCAAGAAAAACAGAAAGAAUGUCCGCUUGCUCAGUAGUUCUUCCUUCGUUUGGAUGAUUUCCGACAAGACAGACACAACAGUGCGGGAAUCUACCACCUGUGCAUAUGACAGGAUCGUCGUGCACGGGGAAUCGUUUGUGCGAGCCAUUGUGCCAUUAUCAGCCAGACCGUUUAACUUUCAGAAGGAAUACCGCCUAACGGAGCAGCAGGCACUGGACAUCAGUGACCACUACCCUGUGGAGGUCCUGCUGAAGGCAGGCUCACCCAGGCAACAGCCAGGCUCCUACAUGCUCCUCCUCGUCCUCCUCCUCCUCCUCGUCGUCCUCCUCCCCCUCCCGAGGCUCUUCCCGUGUUUAUUCACGUGCAGCUGAGCCAAGAUUCAGUCCAUGUGUGUACCCGAACCUGAACCCCAGUACUUCUUGUUGUUCACGUCAGGGUGGUCUAACUGGGACGUGCGGAAUCAGUAUGUGAUGUGAAGUUGUUGUUUUAUCCUGUAAAUACUGCUGGUAGAAAUGAGUUUUUAAUAAAUGUAAGAAAUGUG